AUGACUCAUGGGGCUAUCUCUAGCAAGUAUGGAGAAGCUCUCACAAAGUCUAUUUUGUAUUUCGAAGCUCAACGCUCAGGAAAAUUGCCGUCAAACCAAAGAGUUGACUGGAGAGGAGAUUCUGCACUUAGAGACGGUUCUGAUUUCCAUGUUGACCUUACGGGGGGAUACUAUGACGCUGGAGACAACACGAAGUUUGGAUUGCCAUUGGCGUUCACGACGACAAUGCUAGCAUGGAGCAGCAUAGAGAUGGCAUCACAGCUCAAGGCUAAUACAGAGCACAAAAACCUCCUAACGGCUAUCAAAUGGGCCACUGACUACCUCAUAAAAGCCCAUCCAGAGCCCAAUGUUCUUUACGGACAAGUGGGGGACGGCAACUCGGACCAUGCAUGUUGGAUGAGACCAGAGGACAUGACAACUACGCGUCCUUCUUACCGCAUUGAUGCUCAGCAUCCAGGCGCUGACCUUGCAGGCGAGACAGCUGCAGCUAUGGCUGCAGCAUCUAUAGCCUUUGCUCCAUAUAACAAAGACUACGCCGAAAAACUCAUCGUUCACGCGAAACAACUAUUUGAUUUCGCCGUGGCUCACCCUGGCGACUACCAAAACUCCAUCUCUAACGCUGGUGCCUUCUACUCGAGCAGCGGUUACCAAGAUGAGUUACUUUGGGCCGCGGCUUGGCUCUACCGUGCCACUAAAAAAGAUACUUAUCUCAACUAUUUGAAUGAAGCAUCUAAUACCGGUGGUCCCAGGACUGUUUUCUCAUGGGAUGAUAAGUUCUUGGGUGCACAAGUCUUGGUCGCCAAGCUUGCACUUGAAGGGAAAGUAAAGAUCAACAAGAUGGACGAGUACAAGAGUAUGGCUGAGCAGUUUAUUUGCAACUGUGCUCAAAAGGGCUCUAAUAACGUUAAGAAAACUCAAGGAGGUUUGCUUUGGUUCUUGCCGUGGGCCAACCUCCAGUACACCACCUCUGCUUCCUUUGUCCUCUCUGUUUAUUCUAAAUAUCUUAAAUCCGCCGAUGCAUCCAUCAAAUGUCCCGGUGGAAACCUUCAAGCCUCUGAUCUUCUUAACGUAGCUCGUGACCAGGCAAACUAUAUACUUGGGUCAAACCCUAAGAGCAUGAGUUACAUGGUUGGAUACGGGAGCAAUUAUCCAAAGAAACCACACCAUAGAGGAGCCUCUAUAGUGUCGAUCAAAAAGAACAAAACACCAGUAGAUUGCAAAGGAGGGUUCAGCGAAUGGUAUAACAAUCCUGCACCAAACCCUAACGUACUAAACGGAGCAAUCGUGGGAGGACCUGACGAGAACGAUGCUUAUGGAGAUGAUAGGACUGAUUAUCAGCACUCUGAGCCUGGCCUCGCCACCGUUGCUCCAUUUGUUGGUGUUUUGGCCGCCGUUGCUUGA